UUCCAUCACUAUGAUCACUGGACAACUUGUGGUGGUGGGGGGGUUGCCAUUUAAAGAAAAGAGCAAUACACACAGUACAUUCUUUUUAUUUAUUUUAUUUAACCUUUAUUUAACCACAUGCCAUUAGCUUGUUUGUUCAAAGCGAACGAUAUCUCUACCUUUUUUAAGAAUGCUUUAUUUGUGUCUGCUUCAUUAUUGUCUUAUCUUCUCACCCACCAGUCCUCCUAGCAUGUAAAACACACACACACACACACACACACACACACACACACACACUUGGCUCUCAUGCACAGUUGACCCUUCCUCAAUCUUUCUAUUUCUCCCCAUCAGGGCUAAGGGAGGUCGCGGAGCACAUCAGAUCCAUGACAGCUUCGACUUUUCUCUCACAGUCCUGCUAUUUAGAGAGAGAGGGAGAGAGACAGGGAGAGAGAAGAUUAGACACAGAGAGAGAGAGAGUAAAUUGAAAGCGGCCCCAGGGCUGUAUGUUUCACCAGACCCCUAGAGAAUGCUGGGAUUGGACUGUUUUAUUUUUUUUUGCCUUGCUGGGAAAAGGCCAAGAACUUGUCUCUCCUCCUCGGCCUCCCCCCUUCUUUUUCCACCCUCUUCCUAGAAACGACGGCAGAAUAACAGGAGAGGAGAGGAGGAAGGAGGGAGUGAGUGAGCAAGGUCCUCUCUCUCUUUCUCCCUCUAUCUUCCCUCUCUCUCCCCUUCUUCAUUCCACAUAGCCCAGCCUUCGGGGCCACAGAGUUUGACUUUUCCCACAGUUUUCCUCUGGAGCAGCAGGGAGGUCUAGUGAGCCAGCUAGGAGGGAGCGCGCUCUCUCUGUCUCUCUCUCACUCUCUCUGCCCUCCUCCAGGCUUCUCUCACUCCCCUUCUCUUUACCUCCUUCACUGCAUUGUUCCCCUCUUCCCCCAACGAGCCCCUGUACAGGGGCCUUUGAAAGCCAGUGUCCAGGAGGGCAGACCCAGAACACUGAAGCUCCUGUGAGGAGGAGAGGUAGAGAUGGAUCGGGUAGAUGGAAGUAUAGAUGAAUGUGGAGAGGUAGAGAUGGAUCGGGUAGAUGGAAGUAUAGAUGAAUGUGGAGAGGUAGAGAUGGAUCGGGUAGAUGGAAGUAUAGAUGAAUGUGGAGAGGUAGAGAUGGAUCGGGUAGAUGGAAGUAUAGAUGAAUGUGGCGAGGUAGAGAUGGAUCGGGUAGAUGGAAGUACAGAUGAAUGUGGAGAGGUAGAGAUGGAUCGGGUAGAUGGAAGUACAGAUUAAUGUGGAGAGGUAGAGAUGGAUCGGGUAGAUGGAAGUAUAGAUGAAUGUGGAGAGGUAGAGAUGGAUCGGGUAGAUGGAAGUAUAGAUGAAUGUGGAGAGGUAGAGAUGGAUCGGGUAGAUGGAAGUAUAGAUGAAUGUGGAGAGAUAGAGAUGGAUCGGGUAGAUGGAAGUAUGUGGAGAGGUAGAGAUGGAUCGGGUAGAUGGAAGUAUAGAUGAAUGUGGAGAGGUAGAGAUGGAUCGGGUAGAUGGAAGUAUAGAUGAAUGUGGAGAGGUAGAGAUGGAUCGGGUAGAUGGAAGUACAGAUGAAUGUGGCGAGGUAGAGAUGGAUUCGGGUAGAUGGAAGUACAGAUGAAUGUGGAGAGGUAGAGAUGGAUCGGGGAGAUGGAAGUACAGAUGAAUGUGGAGAGGUAGAGAUGGAUCGGGUAGAUGGAAGUACAGAUGAAUGUGGAGAGGUAGAGAUGGAUCGGGUAGAUGGAAGUACAGAUGAAUGUGGAGAGGUAGAGAUGGAUCGGGUAGAUGGAAGUAUAGAUGAAUGUGGAGAGGUAGAGAUGGAUCGGGUAGAUGGAAGUACAGAUGAAUGUGGAGAGGUAGAGAUGGAUCGGGUAGAUGGAAGUACAGAUGAAUGUGGAGAGGUAGAGAUGGAUCGGGUAGAUGGAAGUAUAGAUGAAUGUGGAGAGGUAGAGAUGGAUCGGGUAGAUGGAAGUACAGAUGAAUGUGGAGAGGUAGAGAUGGAUCGGGUAGAUGGAAGUAUAGAUGAAUGUGGAGAGGUAGAGAUGGAUCGGAUAGAUGGAAGUACAGAUGAAUGUGGAGAGGUAGAGAUGGAUCGGGUAGAUGGAAGUAUAGAUGAAUGUGGAGAGGUAGAGAGGGAUCGGGUAGAUGGAAGUACAGAUGAAUGUGGAGAGGUAGAGAUGGAUCGGGUAGAUGGAAGUACAGAUGAAUGUGGAGAGGUAGAGAUGGAUCGGGUAGAUGGAAGUAUAGAUGAAUGUGGCGAGGUAGAGAUGGAUCGGGUAGAUGGAAGUACAGAUGAAUGUGGCGAGGUAGAGAUGGAUCGGGUAGAUGGAAGUACAGAUGAAUGUGGAGAGGUAGAGAUGGAUCGGGUAGAUGGAAGUAUAGAUGAAUGUGGAGAGGUAGAGAUGGAUCGGGUAGAUGGAAGUACAGAUGAAUGUGGAGAGGUAGAGAUGGAUCGGGUAGAUGGAAGUACAGAUGAAUGUGGAGAGGUAGAGAUGGAUCUGGUAGAUGGAAGUAUAGAUGAAUGUGGAGAGGUAGAGAUGGAUCGGGUAGAUGGAAGUACAGAUGAAUGUGGCGAGGUAGAGAUGGAUCGGGUAGAUGGAAGUACAGAUGAAUGUGGCGAGGUAGAGAUGGAUCGGGUAGAUGGAAGUACAGAUGAAUGUGGAGAGGUAGAGAUGGGUGAAGAGAGGUGGAGAUGAUAGAUGAUGACGAAGGAGAGUGCUAGGGUUGAAGAUAGGCUGGAAUGGAGGCAGACUGGAGACUGGAGAAGAGGCAGCAGAGUGCUUAUGGCUUUACCAGGGCUGCAGCAGCAACGGGGAUCAUACAGGGAACGACCUGAACCUACACACACCUUCCUUCACUUUGGAAACGGCAACAAAUAGAAUAGACAGAGGACAACUGGAGACGUUCCCUAAUGCCUAUGUCCAAACCUUACACGCUCGCACGCACGCUCGCUCGCACGCACGCUCGCACGCACAGAAUUCACCAGCCCUUCACACACUCAGUAACACACAGUGGAGAGUGUUCUUUAGUGGUUUGGAAGGGGCGUUACGGCACAAACAUAACUUAUUGACGUUCAGGAUAUUGGAUAAGACAAUAAUUAAAGACAUUAUUAUUAUUAUUAUGUCUUGUAGAGUAUGUACAGUAUUGACAGACCAAAAAUUGGCUCUUGAUGCCUGGGCAAUGUUCAAUGGGAAAGAGACGUUUUGAAACCUUUAGAAAUGGGAAGGUUCUCCUGGGACUCGUCCAAUUAGAAAGCUCCUUUUUUUUCUAAUUUUUUUCCUACCGAACAACCCGUUUUUUUUUUUUUUUUUUCAGGGUCGGUUUUCAGGCCGACAGGAAAGCAGAACCCUUUAUGCCCUUGUUCCUCUUCCGCACUCCGUCUCCUCCUCCAAGGUGGUCAGUGUUUUUAUUUCCACACACACGCUCGCGCUCAAACGCCCGGCUGUCUAGAUUGAAAGGACAGACGGGAUCUGUAAACACAGCCACCGUAACUUUAUACUCUUUUGUCCCUCUUCCUCAGCCCAGAAAAUAACGCGCACACACCCACCAGCAAAAACGCACAUGUAUACACACAUAACACAUACAGUACAAUCAAACACACGCUAGCAAUCGCACACAACGCACAGGAGUGUGAUUGAGGCUGUGCUGUAGAUGAGAAGCAGAAGGGUUCUAUGUAAACACUGAGCUUAUUAAAUAUGGAGUGACGUAGGGAGCCUGGAUGAAGGUCGAGGUUAGCCAAACACUGGACACAGGGAACGCAGACAGAAACAAGCUCACUCGGGCAGGCUCUCCCUAUAUGCUCUCUCCUAUUUCUACUUUGCCCUGGCGCAGGCUAGAUAUGAGUCGCGUCUGUGUGCCGACACCGUGCACUGAAAGGGCCUCAGCGUGCCUUCAGUUUUAUCCCGAAAGGGACCGAUUUCAGAGAAACGAUUGAAAAUGGCCGCUUACGUUUUUACGUACUGUAGCUACUUGAAACUUCCCACGACUAAUCUCCAUGUUGAUUGGGACCGGUGUUACAGUUGAUAUAACAAAACCCGCAUCAAGUGUCCCGGUGGUGGAUUGUUCUGGAAUGGCUCUCCGGUCAUGUACCAUUUCAUUCAGAGGAAGGGAGGGUGUCAGGGAGAUGGAGGGAGGGAUGGAGGGCGAGAGGUUUACAGGAAUGCCAAAUUAAAUCUGAAGGUUUUGGCGAAUCCGCCGCAAUCGUUCAACAAAGCCCGGGCUUGACGCUCAACUCGGCGAGAGGGGGUGGAGGGAAAAAAGCGAAAAAGCUUGGGAGGGAGACGAGAGGAGACGAUACUUGUGAAAACAAUAAGCCAAUCCCUGUGGCUUCACCUUCCAUUGAUGGCGGACAGAAAGGGCCGUUUGUAUUUCUAAAUGAAGUUUCUGCCUCCUCUUUUAUUGGCAUGCGUGUUCCUGGGCUCAGUGUGUAAAAGGGCCUUUAGAAAGCAGGGUUUUAACACACAAUUGGAUUACAGCACGAGCACUUGGUGGGAAAGCGGACCGGCGGGAGGGAGAGGGACCCGGGAGAGGUACAGAGGGUUUGGCGCAUGCAUAAUGAAGCGGCCGCUGGGGCGGGCGGAGCGGGCCAGGCGGUGUUCCCCUCUCAGCCAGGGCUCAGAGGGGGAGAGGGGGGAGAAGGUAAGAAAGACAGACUGGAGACGGCGAGCGAACGAGGGGGAGACUGAAGAGAGGGAGAGAACUGUGGGACGGAGGGAGGAAAAAGACAGGGUACACAGAGGCCGAAGGAGAGAGGGAAAGAGACAAAACUGGAAGAAGACGGAGAGAGCGCAGACAGAAAGAGAUUAGAGUGAAGCUGAGAAAGAUAGGAGAGGGAGGGACGAGACAGAGGGAUGACCUGGGAGUGUGUGUAUCUGAGGUAAAGAGCUGCAGCAGUAGAGCAGUCAGCACACAUGCAGCCGCGAGGCCGUCCCCUAACCAUCGAAUUAGUGUGUCAACUCGUUCACUAAUUCAACUACCAGCCAUCAAGACAUUCCACACACACACACACAACAUUCCCCCAGCUCUCCUCAUCUCUCUUUCUGGCCCGAGACACCACUAUAUACUCCCACUCUAGUAGUAGUAUACCGUACUCUACUGUAAUCUACUCUCUCCCAUUGGUCCGUUUAAUAGACGAGGGCCUGCUCGUAAAUGUUUACCAGCUCGGUGGUUAAGAGUGUUACUGGUCUAGCCAGGUCGUGUUAAAGACCGUAUAGAGAACCAACGGUGUGCACCCACAGUUAGACCCUAGGUCGAAUUCAUUAGGUAGCAAACGGACUGAAACACGGAUGGACAAUCUGAAAGUGUCCAAUAAGAAAUGCUUGUUUUCUGUUACAAAACAUUUUGCUACGGUGUGCACUAAUGAAUACGACCCCGGCUUUUCUCUCUCUCUCUCUCAUGACUCCGUUGUAAAAACCAUCGGUUGCUAUGGUGAAAAUACAGCCUCACACAGCUCGGACCGGUAAUUAGUCGUAUGAAAGUUAUUGGCCUGCCGUAGAAGGAGCUGUGACACUAAUCCUGCAAUGUAUUAAUGCCUCCAGUGAGGGGUGAUAAAUUCCAUGACAGUGCAUAUUCAUAACGGUGUAACCAUAAUGAACGGUCUGUAGUGCAUCAUCUGUCUGGACUGGAAAGGAGGUGCGUGGGGAGGGGGUCUUUUGGCUUUCUUUACUUUCUGUACCCCACCGGUCCCCCCCCAUCAAGUGCCCACCCCUUCAGGGCCCUUAGACGUAGUAGUGAAGGGUGGGAGGUGGUCAGAGCCCUAUACCAGACACGGCCCCUGGCUCUAGUCCUCUCCUCCUUCCCUUCAGACGGAGGGGG